AUGGCUUUAUUCCAAAGUCCUUGGGUAGUCUGCAUAAUGCUUCUUGUUAUGCCACAUUCAGCCCACAGUACAACCACCAAGUACUACACAUAUGAAGAAGAUGCCCCUGGGACUGAAAUAGGAAACCUGUCCCAGGACCUGAAGAUUGAGCCAGGUGAGGACCUUCAGACAAGCUUCCGCUUCAUGCAGAAAACCAACUAUUCUGUGAUUCACAUGAGGCAGAUGGAUGGACUUCUUACAGUGGGUGAAAGUAUUGACCGCGAGGAGCUGUGUCCCCAGUCCCCCAAGUGCAUCAUUACCUUUGACGUCGUUGCCUUUUCCAAGGAGAAGUUCCAACUGAUCCACGUGGAGAUUGAGGUGAGGGACAUAAAUGACAAUUCUCCGCAGUUUCCAUUCAAUGAAACGUAUCUGGAGAUCUCUGAAAAUUUGCCUGUUGGUACACGCUUCCCACUCCACCCAGCGAUUGACCGAGAUGUUGGCAGUAACUACAUCCAGAGCUACCAGAUUUCCUACAACAACCGCUUUGGCAUUGAGGUGAGCACCGGAGAGGAUGGGCUUAAAAAUGCAGAACUUGUUUUGUUGAAAAAAUUGGACAGAGAGCUAGAAGAUUUCUAUACCAUUGAAGUGACAGCUAUGGAUGGUGGAAGACCACCAAAGACAGGGUCAAUGGCUGUUCAUAUCAAAGUGCUGGAUUUCAAUGACAACAGUCCCACAUUCGAACACAGUUUCCUUAAAGUUGAGCUGAAUGAGGAUGCACCUCUGGGAUUUCUUCUCCUCAAAGUGCAUGCAUUUGACCCAGAUGAUGGCAUUAAUGGUGAAGUGGUGUAUGGCUUUGUGGAAGAGUCAUCAAAUGAGGUAAAGCAUCUAUUUCACAUUGACCCGUUCUCGGGAUCUGUCACCUUAAAUGCUAUAGUCGACUAUGAAACCAAGAGGUCAUAUGAGCUGAACAUCCAGGCUUAUGACUUAGGAAUGAACUCUGUCCCAUCAACCUGUAAAGUCAUUGUAGAGAUUGUAGAUGUCAAUGACAACGCACCAGAAAUCAGCAUCAAGCCGAUGACCUCCAUGAGCGAUGGAGUUGCUUAUAUCACGGAAGCUGCAGCUGAAGACAGUUUUGUAGCCCUUAUUAGCACCUCAGACAGAGACUCGGGACCAAAUGGCUACGUGCGCAGCAGCCUUCAUGGUCACGAGCAUUUCAAGUUGCAGCAGGCAUAUGGAGACACUUUCAUGAUUGUCACAACUACAGCUUUGGACAGGGAAAAAAUUCCAGAGUACAAUCUGACAGUGGUGGCCGAAGACCUUGGCUCUCCUCCCUUUAAGACCAUAAAGCAAUACACCAUUAGGGUGAGUGAUGAAAAUGACAACCCUCCCCUCUUCAGUAAGCCAGUUUAUGAAGUUUCAGUCAUGGAGAACAAUGUUCCAGGCUCCUACAUUGCCACGGUUGUAGCCCGUGAUCCAGACAUGGGCGACAACAGUAAAGUCACAUACAAAUUGAUAGAUGGGGAAGUGAAUGGGGGGGCUCUUUUAUCCACCUAUGUCUCUUUAGAUCCAAUUUCAGGGUCCUUGUACAGCGUAAGGUCUUUUGAUUAUGAAUCAGUGAAGCAGAUUGAAGUGAAAAUCCAAGCAAGUGACAAUGGCUCCCCUCAGCUGUCGAGCACAGCCCUAAUCGAAAUCAAAAUAGUGGACCAAAACGACAAUGCUCCAUAUAUCACACAUCCAGUUUUGCAAAAUGACUCCACUGAUGUGCCUAUACCUUACAAUGCACCGCCUGGUUACAUUGCUCUGCGGGUCAAAGCUCGAGAUGCUGAUGAAGGUAUAAAUGGAGAGCUUUCCUUCCAAAUUUUGGAGGACGAGCAAAUGCUUUUCUCCAUUAACAAAGAAAGCGGGGAGAUGGUGUUAAAGUAUGGCCUGUCAUUCUUACAUGGAGAUGUGCUAAAAGUCAAGAUUGGUGUCAGCGACAAAGGGAGGUCGCCCCAGGCAGCCAGCGCCACCGUCCGCUUUCUAGUGACAGAAAUGGAACCAGAAGAUCAGAUUAUCAUGGUGGUGGAGGCCAGCACCGAAGCCCGGAGUAAAAUUGAUGCCUCAUUAAUAGUUAUAAUCAUGCUCGGCGGGGGUUGUGCCUUGUUGCUCGUAGCAAUUGUGGCCGUUGCAUUGUCAUGCAAACACAACCGAGGAGAGAGGAGCUGUGGUGGAAAGAAAAAGAAGACCCAAGGACUCUUUGAAAGGAGCAGUCUCUCAUUGCAUAAAUCUAAGGAUUCAAGCAUGUACAGUGGACCAAGAGUUCUUGUCAAUGAUCGAAUAGCAUCAUCCCAUGACGACUCAAUGUCCUUGUAUGGAGACAGGGCCAGAGAGGCAGAGACAAAGGCCUUCCAUCCAUUCAGCAUGAAGCAUUUUGAACCAGUGGCUCUGUGGCAGGGUGAUAAAUACAGUUUGCAGCUGAGUGGAAUACGGAAUAAUGACCAGCUAAGCGUGAAGGACAGCGGCAAAGGAGACAGUGACUUCAACGACAGUGAUUCUGAUAUCAGCGGGGAUGGAUGUAAGAAAAGUCACAGCACUUUCAACCCACGGACAAACAAUUCAUUUCAUUCUGCCAACACCCUGGGUGCAGAUCAGCAGGGUGGGUACUGCAUAAUCCCCACCCGCUCGCCAGCAAGCCCCUGUAGCAAUGCGUAUACCAUAGCCUUCACUCAGGUUCCAGCACACAGCCACCCAAACGCCAACUCCGGUUCCUGGAGAGGCUCGGCUUACAGCACCAACAUCUCCAAAGCCAGGGCCCAGCUGCAGACGUUCCCCAGGACGGGAACUCUUCCACUGGGCUUCGGCCAGCACAAGCACGAGACAGGAACCUGUCCUGAGGAGCCGCAUCAAUCCGGCCAGGAACCAGCAGCCUUGGCUGAAGUGGCAACUACCUUCUGA